GCAGCGAGCGCGGAGCCGGCGCGGAGCAGAGCCGGAGCGCGGCGCUGCCUGCGGUCCGGGGCGCACCACGCUGCGUGGGCGGGGAGACAGAGAAAGGGAGAGGGAGAGACUCGCAGACAGACAGUACAGCCGGCGAGCGCGGCAGAUAAAGGACGGAGGACAGGCAGAGAGGAGCGAGCCAGACGGGGAUCCAGGCGGGCGCCGGGAGAGGACGGGCAGAGGCAGGCGGCGGCGGCGGAUCGGGGCGAGGCAGGAGGCGGCCGGCGGGUCGGGCGGCGCCGCCGCGGCCACCGCGCCCGGGCAGCAGCGCGGCGCGGCGGCGGAUCUCCUCCCGCGGCGGAGGCGGAGGAAGAGACCAUGUCUUUCAGGAAGACACGCACUGUACUGUAACAGCAGCGUAUCCGCAGCAAAAAUAAACAAACCGGCCAACCAAAAAUACCAAACAAACAAAAAUAACCCGAGCCGCCAAGACGCUGGGGGCAGAUCCCGUUUGCAGGCAAGGUUGACUAUGGUGCAUCAAGCUCUCUGAAGGACCAGAAUGGAGAUUGGCCCUCUGAACUGUUAAUGGGGACAUGGGACUCACGUUGUCGUUGAUAAUUUGUGUGGACUUAACCAGCAAAGAGCAACAGAAGACACGAGAAAGACAGUGGGAAUUAUAGCAGUUUUUCAGGUCACCAAAUCUUGUUAUUUUAAUUUCUGUCUGGAAGAAUGUCUGAGCAAGGUAAAUUGAACCAGGAGACAGCAGAGGAAGCUGCAAAAGAGCAGGAGACUGCCAUCUCCGAAGCCAAUCCAGACAUCUGUAUUCUUAAUAAAUCUGAAAGCUCAGAAGUAGAGGAGAAGGAGGAGAAGCUCGGCGAUUCCAAGACAGAGCUGCAGAAACGAGGUGCAAAUCAGCAGAAAAAGAGAUCCAAGUCAGGAGCUAAAGGAAAACUUGUCCGGAGUCUUGCUGUGUGUGAGGAGUCAUCCCCUCGUCAGGGAGCAGAAAAUCUUCAUGAUAAUCAGGAAUCAAUCCAACUACAGCUUUCCAGUUUUCCUAGCUUGCAAGAAGAAGAUAAAUAUAAUAAAGAUGACUCCGAGAAAGAAAAAGAGAAGGAUAAAAAUAAAGAUAAAAACAGUGAAAAAAACAAGAUCAGAAUGUUAUCAAAAGAUUGCAGUCAAGAGUAUACAGAUUCAACAGGCAUAGAUUUGCAUGAGUUUCUCAUUAACACAUUAAAGAAUAACCCCAGGGACAGAAUGAUACUCUUGAAAAUGGAACAGGAAAUUAUUGAUUUUAUUAGUGACAACAAUAAUCACUAUAAAAAGUUCCCUCAGAUGUCUUCGUAUCAGAGGAUGCUAGUGCACAGAGUGGCAGCUUACUUUGGAAUGGAUCACAAUGUGGAUCAGACUGGAAAAUCUGUAAUUAUCAACAAGACCAGCAAUACAAGAAUACCAGAGCAAAGGUUUUCUGAACAUUUAAAAGAUGAAAAAGGUGAAGAAUCCCAGAAGCGAUUUAUCUUGAAGCGAGAUAACUCUAGUAUUGAUAAAGAAGACAAUCAGCAAAACAGAAUUCUUCCAUUUAGAGAUGACAGACGAAGUAAAUCAAUUGAAGAGAGAGAAGAGGAGUAUCAGAGAGUGAGGGAGAGAAUAUUUGCACAAGAUUCAGUUUGCUCCCAGGAAACCCUUUUUGUGGAAAACAGUAGGCUGUUGGAAGACAGUAGCAUAUGCAAUGAUACCCAUAAGAAAAGACAACUGUUUAGGGGUAAUAGAGACAGCAUCGGGAAGACAUCUGGCAGUCGACAGAGCAGUACAGAGAAUGAAUUAAAGUGGACAGACCACCAGAGGCCAUGGAGCAGCACAGACUCGGACAGCUCAAAUCGAAAUUUGAAGCCAGCCAUAACAAAGACAGCCAGCUUUGGUGGGAUAACCGUCCUGACAAGAGGAGAUAGCUCAUCAAGUAACAGAAGUACCGGCAAACUGUCUAAAACAGGUAGCUCAGAGUCUUCCAGCAGUGCUGGCUCCUCAGGAUCACUGUCACGAAUACAUCAGCCUCUCCAAAGUGCAUCUCUUGUCCCUGGGGUAACAGUCAGCUCUACAGGCAGUGUGUCCUACCCUGAGAGCGGGAUGAGUGGCCAGGUGGCCCCCAGCAACACCAGCUAUAUCAUUCUUCCACUUGAAGCUGCAGGGAUACCGCCUGGCAGUAUCCUUCUCAACCCACACACAGGUCAACCGUUUGUAAAUCCUGAUGGGACACCGGCAAUAUACAAUCCUCCCAGUGGCCAGCAGACGAUGAGGAGCCAGAUGGUGGGACAGUCUCAGCAGCAGCCUUCUUCCCAGCAGCCUCAGCAGGUUCAACAGCCACAGCAACAAUUGGCAAGCCACCUUGUCACACAGCCUGUUCAGACAAUGCAGCCAUCUUCUCAGUCAGUCCAAUAUCCAGCAGUUUCUUAUCCUCCCCAGCAUCUCCUGCCAGUCUCUCCAACGCAGCAGUUUUCUGUGCGAGAUGACAUGACAGCACAGUUUAACCAGAUGAGCUUAAGUCGUCAAUCAUCAGGAGACAACCCUGAAUCGCCUUCUGGUCCUGUCUACCCAUCGCCUCUCUUGCAGCAGCCUGCCCAGCAGACAAGUUACAUUAUGGCUUCCCCAAGUCAACAGCUUCCCCCGGGAAGCUUUACAGGUUCAGGUCCACCAGUAUCCCAGCAAGUGCUGCAGCCGCCACCACCACCCCAAGGCUUUGUGCAACAACCGCCACCACCUGCUCAGAUGCCAGUGUAUUACUACCCAUCUGGUCAGUACCCUACCUCAACAACUCAGCAGUACAGACCCAUUGCCUCAGUUCAGUACAACGCACAGCGGAGUCAACAGAUCCCACAGACUGCACAGCAAGCAGGUUACCAGUCUGUCCUGCCAAACCAGCAGCAGGGUUUCCAGGGUCUCAUGGGAAUGCAGCAGCCGCCCCAAAGCCAGAACCUGAUGAAUAAUCAACAGGGAAAUCAGGUGCAAGGCAUGAUGGUGCAGUAUCCAGCCAUGUCGUCUUAUCAGGUGCCAAUGACCCAGGGUUCUCAAGGAUUGCCACAACAAUCAUAUCAACAACCAAUCAUGCUACCUAAUCAAUCAGGUCAAGGAACACUUACAGCCACUGGAAUGCCUGUCUACUGUAAUGUCAUACCUCCUGCCCCACAGAACAACCUACGGUUGAUUGCCCCACACUGCCCCUCCAAUAACGUUCCAGUUAUUUCUGCCAGCUGCAGGACAAACUGUACGAGCAUCAACAAUGCAGGGUGGCAGGUCAAGUACUGACACUGUGGCUUAAAGUGGAUAUAUGAGGAUAGCGGUGCAUUAUUUGACAAAUAAAUCAUGGCCUUCAAAUGAAGAGGAACACAACAGGAUAAACAGUUGAGGGCAUAAGUACUGACUAUGCUCAAGUGAUUUGCUGCUGGAAAAAUCUGUAAAAAAAAUAAAAGUAAAAUAAAUUUUGAAAAAAAAAAUGUUUGCUGGUUAAUGGUGCAUAUUUUUGUCAUGUCUGCUAGGUAUGCCUUUAUAGCUUAGCUAGUGACAUGAAUUCAUUGAGGUAAGAUUUUUUCCUACCACUGAACACCACUGUGUAGAUUGUAAUAUCCCCGAUUCGGAUUAGUUUUGUACUUUGUGUUGACUUUGUGAAGCUAAAAGUAUUUAAAAAUAUGAUAAAAAUCACAUUGUACCAAAGCUGUAAUGGAAAUGAAAAAAAAAAAAAAACAAAAACAAAAAGAGAAUUACUGAAUGGAAGGAAUAAUUUAUAUACACUAUAGAGUUUUUUAUGGAUAUAUACUGUAUUGUAGUGCUUAAUCACAAUAAAGCUAUUUGACCUCAUGGAGGAAGGUCAUGUUUCUACCA